GCGCUGUUUCUGCUAGAGGAAAAGAGACAUGUUAGAAACUGGCUGGGCCGCGGAGUCGCACGUCUAGACGGGGUAUCGCCAACCCAAUUUGAUAUGGGCUACUUUGCCCUAAAUGGACUGAGACACGCGUGAACACUGUAAAUACAAUCUGGACUCGAUAUGGUGCGGUCGGGAGCAAAAAUGACGGAGUAACCUCAUGUUUAAAAUGUGGGAGAUGGUGGCUUUGACGAGAGCGGGCUCUCCCUUCCUGUCGUCUCGGACAAGAUGGCAGCAAUGCAGGCGAACUGUACAUGGUGUGGAUUUGUGAGUCCAUAACAUGUUCAGAGAAGCCCUGGAUUAUAUAUAUAGUUACUCUGUGUGAAGGUAUGGCCUCACAAGUCUUGGUUUACCCACCACACGUUUAUCAAACCCAGACAAGUGCCUUUAGUGUGAAGAAACUCAAAGUUGAGCCCAGCAGCUGUGUGUACCAUGAGAGGGCACACCCACGGACUUAUCUGAACAGCAGAACCCUUCCUAUUGUACACCCGACCAAACAAGCCCAGCUGUUUGUGAACCCAGACGUUUCAUUUGGUGUUAAAGUGCGUGGGGGACAAAAGUACCUAGUCCAGACGGUAGUGGUGCGGGGUGUGCCCAGACAUCAGCCCAACAAAAGAAGAGGAGAAGGAGUUUGCCACGCGCAGGGCAAGGAGCAGCAGCAGAAGAAGACAGGCGCAGCAAGUGGAGGGCGCAGUGGAGCGGUGGGGGCAGCGGGGCGGGGCUGGGGCCAGGGCGCAGGAGGAGGUCCGGAGGAGGAAGUGGAGGAGGACUGUGCAGGUUUAAACUUGGCCGACAGCUCUCACCGAUGUGGGCUCAAACGUAAAAGUGGAGAGCUGGAAACCCAGGCGAGCACAAUGCAGAUCGUUGAGGAAUUGUCAAUGUUGCCUGCUAUGUUGCAAUCGAAUGUGGGGAGCGCGACUGCGGGUGUGGGGGCCACUGGUGGGCCCUCCAAACAGGGGGCUACAGGAGGAGCUGCAGGUGCUGAUGGGGACUAUCAAGUUGUACAACAUGAGGUCCUAUGUUCAAUGAAGAAUACCUAUGAAGUGCUGGAUUUUCUGGGCCGGGGCACUUUUGGGCAGGUUGUGAAGUGCUGGAAAAGGGGCACGGGGGAUGUAGUGGCGGUGAAGAUACUGAAGAAUCACCCAUCAUAUGCGCGGCAGGGCCAGAUUGAAGUGGGCAUCCUUGCUCGUCUAAGUGGUGAGAAUGCGGACGAGCACAACCUGGUGCGGGCAUUUGAGUGCUUCCAGCACCGCAGUCACACCUGCCUGGUGUUUGAGAUGCUCGAGCAGAAUCUCUAUGACUUUCUCAAGCAGAACAAGUUCAGCCCGCUGCCACUGAAGGUGAUCCGGCCUGUACUGCAGCAAGUGGCCACUGCUUUGAAGAAGCUCAAGAGCAUGGGGCUGAUUCAUGCAGACCUCAAGCCUGAAAACAUCAUGCUGGUGGACCCAGUCAGGCAGCCCUAUAGGGUAAAGGUCAUAGACUUUGGCUCAGCCAGUCACGUGUCCAAAGCAGUGUGCUCCACGUACCUUCAGUCCCGCUACUACAGGGCUCCAGAGGUGAUUUUGGGAUUACCCUUUUGUGAAGCCAUAGACAUGUGGUCACUGGGCUGUGUCAUAGCUGAACUGUUUUUGGGCUGGCCCCUGUAUCCUGGAGCUCUGGAGUAUGAUCAGAUUCGCUACAUCUCCCAGACACAAGGUUUGCCUGGGGAGCACUUACUGAACACGGGGACAAAGACAGUGCGGUUCUUUUGUAAGGAAUCAGACUCCCCUUAUGCAGCAUGGAGACUGAAGUCUACAGAUGAACAUGAGACUGAAACAGGAAUGAAAUCAAAGGAAGCCAGAAAGUACAUCUUCAGCUGUUUAGAUGACAUAGCGCAUGUGAACUUGGUGAUGAAUCUGGAAGGUAGUGACUUGCUGGCAGAGAAGGCGGAUCGUCGGGAGUUUGUAAACUUACUCAAAAAGAUGCUGUUGAUUGAUGCUGAGGAAAGGAUUGUCCCUGCUGAAGCCCUGACCCACCCUUUUGUAACAAUGCAACACCUGCUUGACUUUCCCCAUAGCAACCAUGUAAAAUCAUGUUUUCAUAUCAUGGAUAUCUGCUGGAGUCGUCCCGGUGCAUAUGAUUUAAACAGGAAUAAAGGUUCUUUCAUGAGACCCAAGCUGACCGGUGUUCAUCCACAAGGGUUGGCUCCAUCUGCUCCUUCAGUUUUACAUCCUGGGAUUCCUCUCCAAACAGGAAAUGGACAGUUUGGUUGCAAUGACUCGUUUCAGCAGGCUCUCAUCCUCUGUCCACCAACCAUUCAAGCCAAACCAACAGGUUAUCCUGUUCGAAUGGAAGCUUCUGUGCCUCUAGUCACUCAAGCACCCCCAAUUCAGCCAUUACAAAUCCGACCUGGAGUCAUUACACAGGCCUGGUCCAAUCGUGCUCAGCAGCUCUUGGUGCCCACAUGGCAGCAGGUGACAUCAGUACCUCCCCCACCAAGCUCUUUGGCCUCUGAUUCUGUGGCUGGGUCACAGCGACUGGGAGAAUGGGGAAAAGUGCGUCCCCAUGGCAACCACUACAGCUCCAUGAUUGCCCACUCUCAGCCAUUCUUAGCCAACCAAAUGACAAUGUCCACCCACCAGCCAAUCAACAUCGGCAUAGCACAUGUGGUGUGGCCACAACCUGCUGCCAACAAAAGAUCAAAGCCCUGUGGUAAUAGAGGCAGCCACGUUUCCCAAAAUGCAAACAUCCAAAAUAUUGAAUGCCAGUCCCCAAAGAUGGCCGAUACAGCAAAGAAUGUCCAAGAGGUAGAGGAGGAAGAGUCCAGAUGUGUGGCUGAAGGGCAUCCUGCUGAAGACAAGCCUGACGGAGUGCAGGAAGAGCGUCAUGAGGACGCCUGCUGUAAAGUGGAGCCAGACUGUGCAGAGCGCUCAGUAUCUCAUGAGCAAAGACCGGCCGUGGUCAUGUCUGACCUGACCAGCCCCACAGUCAGUAUUAUCAGCAUCAGCAGCGACGAAGAGGACAACACGCAGAGGCACUCGGUGGGAGAAUGUGAAGGUAACACAGACUGUGAGGCCUGUCAAAGUACAGUGGAUAUGGAGAGGGUGUGUUCUCUCAGUAGUCCUGACAGCACACUCAGCACGAGUUCUUCAGCCCAGUCCAGUGUGUCUCCCUGCAAACAUUCAAACAGUAUGUCCGAAGAUGAACAGGAGAGUGGUUGUGACACAGUGGACAGCACACCCACCUCUGAUACUGGUCAUACAAACAGUCCCUUUCCUGAGGAGAGCUUCAUUGCUGACACCAACCAAAACUGUGAGCCACGUGUCGCUUGUGUUGCCCCAGAAACGGAACCCAGUAAGCCACAAAUUCGUACUGUUGCCGUGCCACCAAUGAGAAUACAGAACAACAACACAUCUAACAUGGGUCACUUGGCCCAGGAUUAUCCUGUAUUAGGCUACAGAGGUUCUCACAGAGUCAUCAUACCAGUCCAAAGGAAGAGGCAUUCCAGGGCGACAACAUCACCACUCCACGCCUCUUCUCAACCGGUCACAGAAAAUAACCCCUGCAUUCCAGACCCAACAGCAGCAGCCCAUUGGCUUUGGACAGGUUCAACAUUUUGGCUCGUGUCAAGAAUGGAAUGGCAACUUUCCUCACCGGAGACCGCAGGCCUUUAUUCCUCCCACCAUACAUGGGCAUACCUUCACCCUGUCCCACAGCAGCCCCAGCCACACCUCUGGUCCCCAUCCCCACAUUGGAGCUCACCCUCACUCUCAGCCUGCACUCUUGCCCUACCCUGCGUCUGGUCCUCUGGUCACAGGUGCACCAGUAGCACACUUACUGGCCUCUCCUGGGGCCUCACGACCGGUGCUCCAGCCCACAUAUGGCCUCUCCCACCCCGCAGGCAUUGUCCAUCAGGUCACAGUGGGACUCAACCCUCGGCUGCUGCCCUCGCCCACCAUGCACCAACCGGGCCAGUUCAAGCCUCUCUUUCCCCCACACUCCUAUAUCGCCUCGCCUGCUUACGCCAGUUUCCCCCUCAGCCCCACUAAAAUAAACCAGUACCCCUACAUCUGAGCUCUGCAUUAUCCUUCAUACCACAAUAGGGCUACACGAGCUGAGCAUAUCUCAACCCAUAAACCACAAGAACAUGGUUUUCCUGACAAAACCAUGGCACAACCACAAAGAUAGCAAGCUAUUUUUUGAAUCAUGUAGACUUGGUUGUAUUGAACUUCAAGCUUUAAAACAUGAGUUUCACUGGUGGAUGAUUUAAAAAAAAUCUGAAGGAAAUAAUGGAUGAAUGACUAAGUGAAAGAAUGAAUAUCAAAACUCACACUUAAUGUGUUUUGCACAUUUGAUAUAUCUUUGCAUUGGAUCUUAUAUGAAUACUCUUCAAAACAGGUAAAUAAUUGGGGUGGUGUGAAAUAGUUAGACUUUGCACCCCUGAUCCCAGCUAUUUUUCUAUAAUGCCUUCUUAUGUGUGCAAGACACAUCCAUAUUUGUAAAGCCAUCCCAGUCUCUAGCUCUAGGUUGACAAAUGCACAUGUUGUCCACAGUGUAUGUUGUACUGCUUUCAAAGUAUUUGUACUUUCUUGGUGUCUUUUGGUGUUAGCAAUGUCAAGUCAGUUAACCAAUUUAAAUAGGGUUAUUCCUCACGCUGCAUGUGGUCUUGCAUGAGCAAAAAUGUAAACAGGAAGAUGCAUAGACAUUGCUCUAAUUGUUUGUGUUCCAAGACUCGCUGCAUUGUAUAACUGUCCCCAGCCAUAGUGCCUUACAUAUUUGAGGUUGUUAAUGUUACUACUUAUAUAUGACUAUAACAUGAAUAUUAAUGUACUGGACUGCAGCACUUGAAAUUCCAAUCACUCAAUGCAUCCUAUGUGUGAGUAUAUAUAUGCACCUGUGUAUAUGUCCAUGCAUAGCUUGCAUGGAUGUGAGGUAUCACUGAUAGUGAUACUUGAUAUUUGGAGUUGGUGUAUUUUCUUGUGUAGUGAAUUACUUUGUUUCCUCAAGAAGAACAGCAUGAUUUGCUGUUGCAAAUGCUUGCUCCUUCAUUAGAGUUGUUUUAGGAUCCAUCCUGAAUGAACUAGUGUACAAGUGCAAGUACUGAGUAUUGAUUAAUAUUUGAUAAUCACUUUAUAUUUAGUGGAACUCUUAUUACUAACAGUAUUUGUACUGUUUGAUGAAACUGCAAUACAAUCUAAAUUUAGUUCAUUUUUUUUGUCGUCAUAUUUCUGUUCUAAAUGUGUUCACAUUGUUUUAUAGAUGUUUAGAAGUGUGGUGGGCAUGGCUUUGAUUAGGUAAGGAAACAUGCAAAUGAAAUUCACCGUAUGGAAUCUUCUAAGCCUGAGCAAACCAUGCAGUAUUUCAUAUAGACACGUAUAUGAACAUAUAUUAUAGAGCUAGGCUAUUAAGUACAGAUGCUUGACAAAGUGUGAGUUAAUGGUGUGCAAUUCUCAUUUAUGCAUGUGUGACAAAGGUAACUUUCCCUUUACAUGAUAAUCUUUUAAAUGCUUAAAACGUAUUGGUGUCGACGGCUUAUUUUCUACAUUCCGUCAGGGAGGAUAUAUAUACACAUGUAUUUAUGUUGGUUACACCCAUUAUAAAUAUAUGCAUUUGUGCUUUUUCUGUUCAGUUGGCUAGUUUUGGGUGUAAUUGUGUCGUCUUUAUUUUCAAAUGAAGUUGCUUGUGCAGCACCAAAGACUGUAUUUCAUUUCCUAAAGCAAGGUAGCUACUCUGUUUGCAUCGGCCUCAGUUCUACUGUCGUCAUGAAAUGGGGUUAUAUAAAAAGAAACAAAAACUUAAUUUAAAAAUGGCAGAGGUUUUGUCUAGCUUAUUGGGCAAUUAAUACGUCGUAUCAUUUCUUUCUUGAAUGUAUCAUAGAUAAGCUGCUAUAUGAUAAUUGCCACUUCAAUAGCUGUGAAAUUAGGUGAUUUCUGAGUUUAAACCUGGCGUCGCUAUUUUUGUAUAGGUCCCUAAUUAUUAAGUGAUUUUUGUGUUUUGUGUUCUUAUUUGGAAUGUCAUUGUAACUACUGUAUUACUGAUGAUGAACUUUUGUUGCGUUUGUUGUUUCUUGGGGUCUGUGUUUUUGCAUCAGUAUUUUAUCCUUAUUAACCUUUUGGGCUCAUCACUGCAUAUCAAAUGUAUUGAUGUAACUUAAUUUUUGUACGUUUUCAUAAUGGGGUUUUGUAGACAUCUAAAGCUAUAGCUUGCAGGAUUGAUUUAACUUUUUUUUUUUUUUCUUUUUGUUUCAAGUCCGUGCUCUUUUUAUAUAUGGUACCUGAGUGCUGUGACAUGCUAGAACAUCUCCCUUUGGAUAAGGAGAAUAAAUCUUUUUUUCCUCUCACAAACGAUAUACCCCAAGAUUUCAUACAAGCAGGCAAGCACCUUGUAUUGUCUGAGAGAUGAAAUGAUUAACCAGUAAUUUAAUAUUGAUUUUACCGUUAAAUAGAUUCUUGCAAAUUAUUUUAUCUGUUUAAUGUUAUGCUACUUUUGUUCUCUGUUGUUAAACUGCCUUGUUUUCCUAUUGCUCUCCCCUUUAUGAGUGUUUCAUAUCAAAUGCAAGAAUUGUGGCCACUGUAACAUGCUACUUUCAGAAAUGGACAGUGUGAGCAGCACUGCGCUUGUGCCUUGAGAUAAGAAAAUGCGAAUUUACAACCGUAACAUUAUUGUGGUCAAAACAGAUUUGCUUUUUACAGCCACAUUUAAGUAGGUGAAAAAUUGUUGAACUUGUAAAGACGACUCCUGUUACUAGUGUGUCAACACUGAAGUAUUAAUCUAAAAAUAGCUGCCACUGAAACCUCCCAACACAUCUACACUUGAAUGAUAUGGCACUCAAUCUUUGAAAGUCUCUCUGGCUAAACAGAUGCAAUACUUUUGUGCCGUCAUCGCACCACCAAGUGUUCUUAAAUAAUCGAUUCUUUAAUUUAACCUGCUUGUCACAUUUUUGUUCCAUUGCAUUUCAACACCCAGCACUGAGAGUAACUAAUUGAAAAUGAAAUUCUAGGAAUUGAUUUGAAAGUGCAAUAUUUUGCUCAUAUGAAUAUUGGGUUUUAUGGCAUUUGUUAACUAUGGAUCUACUGAACAUACUGAACAAAAAAUGUAGUCAGUGAAUUAAUUGAAUUAGAGUGAAAUGCUCUCCCAAUUUUCUCCAGUUAUUCACCAGCAACACACCUGCAUAACCUCGCCCAAAUAUAUCUGUCCUUCCAAGGUCAACCAGGAAAGUUCGAAAACAACAACAGGUUUCAAAAGAUCCUUUGUUUUCAUCUCAUUAAGGGGAGUAAUUGACAAACGUGUUUAAUGUCCUCUGGUCCAAAUGAGAUCUAUGUGCUGAGAUGUUUUGAGACCUUUUGUCGUUUCUCUCCCAAACACUUAGUAAGAAGUGGACAGAACCUUUGUUGACUAAUGUACACUUGACAUGACACAACAUGACAUAACAUUUAACAGAUAAAACUUUUUUUUUCUUUUAUGGACAUUUAUGUUUCAUGUACAAAUGUUAAUUCAGGGCCUGUAUUUGUAAAAUGCUACUGUGUUCAUUUAGUUCAUUUGUGUUAUUUUCUGGUGAUUUGUGUUCAAUUCAGAGUUAACUCAUACUGCAAGUUAUAGAAUCAUUUAAGAUUGCUCUCAAAUAGACUUGAUUAUAAAAUCUAAACUGUUACUGUUUAAAUGUAGAUUUUUUGUGGCUUUUUGUUUUGUUCCAUUAGCUUUUAUUUUGUGCUACACUAGUUUGCCAUGUAGCAAUUGCACUGUGCAAUAUUUACAGUAUGACGACUGGGAAAACUAACUCAAUGGAUGUGAUGUCUACAGUUUGCAUAGUGUUUCCUCUAGUUCUCAGUGAUUUAGAUGUGACCAAGCCUUCUCUACUUUGUCACAUUAAGCGGGUUUUCCAGGUGACUCUUUUGGUGAGUGUCAAAAUAAGACUUUAUGGUGUAUUAUUGUUAAAAUCCACUUUGAAUUAAAAAAAAUCUGUUGAUGCAAA